UUAAUCGCAAUCAUUUUUCGUGCAUGGCAUGGGUCUCAAACUAGGUCAUAGAAACAAGAGGAAAGAGAGGCAUAGUAUAAAUUUUUUUCUUUCAUUGUGGGAAAAAGUAAGAGAAAAUAAAUUGUAUGCUAUUAAAAUGAUAAAAGAACACCCCAAAGGUAGACUAAGACAUAAAAAGUAGAACUAAAAUUGAGAGAAAUAGAAAAGGUUGGUUCGUUUCUUUCAAAGAUGGGCAGAAAAAAUGUUUAUGGAACUCACCGUAUAUUUUUCAUUUUCUCUCACAAUUAACUAAACAUUGGAAAAAAAAUCAAAAAAAUAAUUAUAAUGCAUAUUUUCUUUCCUUUGUAAACCUUUUCUUUUCCCUUUCGAUUCCGAAGACAGUGUAAGAAAGAAAUUGACACCUUAAAAAAUUGCAAGGUGAACUGACAUACAGACUCGCCUCGUUUUUGGUCUUCUGCUCUUAACCCACCGGCCACUGCCACCGGCGACAUUCAACAAUACCCUUCAUUCACCUUAUUUUUCAUAUCAAGGUAACUCCACUUUGCAUAAUGGCCAGAACACGAACCAGAUUCUUCAUUUUUUAGACUCAGAGCUAGUGACUAUAACCUGCUUGAUAAAAUGCCCCUAAAAAGUUUUUGGGUAUAACUAUUUAUUGUUGUCACUUGUUGCAGAAGAUAUCAACUUAAAUGCUCCUUCUUACAAUCAACUUAUUGCCAACGACAAGAUUCUUAUACUGAUCAUCAUUGACUUCAAUCUGAUGUUUAAUUUCGCAAGUUGCUGAUAAUUCAAGAUGCUUGCAAUACGAAGGCUCAAAACAGGACCAGAUCUCCCCUAUGUUUUAUGUUUCAUGAUUGCCAAUUGCAAUUAUGGCACAGCCCAAGUUUCAAAUAACAGAAAUCUCCAGUCUAUUGUGAAGUUUGUUAGCCCUUGUUUAGCCAAGUCAAGUUCAAAGGCAUUUCUACUAGGAUUUAAGAAUACAUUUUUCCUUCAAGGACUAUAUAUCUCAAGUAUGGCCGAAACAAUCCUGGUCCAGGCUCAAGACCCUGCCAAAGUUAGUAUGGAAAUACAAAAUGCUAUCAAUGGCAACAAAUUAGAUUAUUCAUGGAAGUUACUUGAGCAGCAUAAGCACAUGGAGGGAUUUCCCAGAAAAUCUCUCUUCAAUAAGAUUAUAACUAGCUAUGUAGAAAGCCUUGAUAUGCAAUGGCUACAAAAAGCUUAUGAAUUGGUACAACGUGCUAGUGAAGAUGGUAAAAAAGACUUGUUAGAGAAGGAGCUGCUUAUCUACCUUAGCAUUGGCCUUGCAAAAGUCAGGCUACCAGUUCUGGCAUCAACUAUUUUAAGAAAGAUGAUUGAUAUGGAGCAUUUUCCUCCUGUUACUGCUUGGUCUGCAGUUUUGGCACACAUGUCACAAACAGCUGAUGGAAGUUUCCUUGCUGCUGAGUUGAUUCUUGAAAUAGGUUAUUUAUUCCAAUACAACAGAGUGGAUCCUCGUAAAAAGAGUAAUGCACCUCUGAUUGCCAUGAAACCAAAUGCCAAUGCUUUUAAUAUUGCAUUGGCAGGGUGUCUUGUAUUUGAGAAAUCUAGGAAAGCAGAGCAGCUUCUUGAUAUGAUGCCUCGAAUUGGUGUCAAAGCUGACGCAAACUUGCUGAUAACAAUGGCACGUGUAUAUGAGAGAAAUGGACGAAGAGAAGAGCUUAUGAAGCUGCAAAGGCAUAUUGAGGAAGCUUCAAACCUAACUGAUAUACAGUUCCGACAGUUCUAUAAUUGUUUGCUUACAUGCCAUUUGAAAUUUGGGGAUCUUGAUUCUGCAUCCAACAUGGUUUUAGAAAUGCUUAAAAAAGCAAAGGAAGCAAGAAAUUCUCUUGCAUCUGCUAAAUUCAUGAUAGACGCAGCUAAAAUUGAUCAGAACUAUUCUCCUAGAUCAGCUUCUGUGCAUAUUUUGAGCAACAGUAAAGAUUUGGAGAGUGUAAAAAAUGACCAGCUAAUAAGAAAUACUGCCUUAUCUUAUGAGGAGUUCUCCAAAGAUCGAAACUUCUUAAAACUUGAAAUGGAGUCAAAAGCUGUUCUUGGUUCUUUAUUUGCUAAAUUGCAGAUGCAGGUUGAUUUGAUUACAACCGUACAUGGUAUACUACAACCAACUGAAACAAUUUAUGUGAAAUUAGUCAAAUAUUUUUUAGAGGCUGGUAAGACCAAGGACUUGGCGGUGUUUCUUCUCAAGGCAGAAAGAGAAGACUCCCCAUUUUCCAAUGACAAUUCAGCCUUGGUUCAUGUUAUUAAUUCGUGCAUUUCACUUGGAUGGUUGGACCAAGCACAUGAUCUUCUUGAUGAGAUGCGACUAGCUGGAGUUAGAACUGGUUCAUCUGUAUAUGCUUCUCUUUUGAAAGCAUAUUGUGCGGCAAAUAGGGCUGCAGAUGUGACAUCACUUCUGAGAGAUGCUAGGAAGGCCGGUAUCCAGCUUGGCUCUAGCUCUUAUGAGGCAAUGAUCCAAUCCAGGGUGCUCCAGGAAGACACACAGGGAGCACUCCAACUUUUUAAAGAGAUGAAAGAAGCUAGGAUUCCAAAAGUUAGUCAUCAGUACUCUGGCAUGCUGACUAAAAGUGUUACAGAGACAGAUGAAGCUGCACUGGUGACAAAGCUGGUGCAGGAAAUCAAGGAAGGACAGAAAGUGGAUUGUGGAGUUCAUGACUGGAAUAAUGUAAUCCACUUUUUUUGUAAGAAGCGACUAAUGCAAGAUGCAGAAAAGGCUCUAAAGAAGAUGAGAAGCUUAGGUCACUCACCUAAUGCACAAACUUUCCAUUCUAUGGUCACUGGGUAUGCUGCCGUCGGGGGGAAAUAUCUGGAGGUAACAGAAUUGUGGGGUGAGAUGAAAGCGCUUGCUUCUUCGUCCUCCAUGAAGUUUGAUCAGGAACUUCUUGAUUCUGUGUUGUAUACAUUUGUGAGGGGUGGAUUCUUCACUCGUGCCAAUGAAGUUGUGGCAAUGAUGGAAAAGGGAAAAAUGUUUAUUGACAAGUACAAAUACAGAAUGCUAUUCUUGAAAUAUCACAAAACACUUUACAAAGGCAAGGCUCCGAAAUUUCAGACGGAAUCACAACUAAACAAAAGGGAAGCAGCCCUGGCUUUUAAAAGGUGGAUCGGCUUGGUUUGAGAAAGUGUCAACCAAAGAUUAGCUCUUUUAGGCAAAUCUUCAUAUGACUUUAGGCAGUUGAAUCUCUUUUUUUUCUUUUUUUUUUCUCCUUUAGAUUUAGAUUUAGAUGUUUAGGAGAAACACUAAUGUACUACCAAUAUGAACAAAACAACACUGUUUUAUGGAAAAUAUUCAGGAAGUUUUAGAUCUUCAUUACUGUUAUUUUUAGGUAAC